GGUGGGAAAAGCUGAGUUUUUCUCUUUGUAACUUUUUUCUUCUGUGCUCACAGAUCCCUUUAGAGAAGAUGGCUCCUGGAAAUGGUUCUUUUGUGACUGAAUUCAUUCUGGUGGGGCUAACAGACCUACCAGAUCUCCAGCUCCCCCUGUUCUGCCUGUUUCUAGUCAUGUAUGUGGUCACUGUGUUAGGAAAUUCGGGCUUGAUAACUCUACUUGGACUGAAUUCACACCUACACCCAAUGUACUUUUUCCUUUUCAAUUUGUCCUUCAUAGACCUCUGCUAUUCUUCUGUGUUUACACCCAAAAUGCUGACUAACUUCGUAUCAAAGAAAAAUAUUAUCUCCUACAGGGGGUGCAUGACCCAGCUUUACUUUUUCUGUUUUUUUGCUAUUUCUGAAUGCUAUGUGUUGACAUCAAUGGCCUAUGAUCGCUAUGUGGCCAUCUGUAACCCACUUUUGUAUAAUGUUGUCAUGUCCCCUAAAGCGUGUUCCAGCCUUAUGCUUGGUUCAUAUUUGAUGGCAUUUUCAGGUGCUGUGGCUCACACAGGAAGCAUGCUGGGACUGACCUUCUGUGAUGCAAACACCAUCAACCAUUAUUUGUGUGACAUCCUCCCUGUGCUCCAGCUUUCCUGCACAAGCACCUACGUGAAUGAGCUGGUGGUUUUCAUCGUGGUGGGAAUCAAUGUGAUUGUGCCCAGUGUCACCAUCUUUGUGUCUUACGGUUGCAUCCUUUCCAGCAUCCUCCGCAUCAGCUCCACUGAGGGCAGGUCCAAAGCGUUCAGCACCUGCAGUUCCCACAUAAUUGCUGUUUCCUUGUUCUUUGGAUCAUGUGCAUUUAUGUAUCUUAAACCAUCUUCUGCUGGGUCUAUGGAUGAGGGGAAAAUCUCUUCUGUCUUUUAUACCAAUGUGGUUCCCAUGAUGAACCCUUUAAUCUAUAGUUUAAGAAACAAAGAUGUUAAACUUGCCCUGAGGAAAGUCCUGAGUAGGAGAUAG